AUGAGGCAAGAGUCCAAAGGAGAUGACAGUGCAAGUCCUGCAUUCGAGUCUGUUCUCAGAGGUUCAGUUCUGUGUGCCAGCUCAUUUGGCCAGAACCGGGUGGUGGGCCGGCUGAAGGGUAAACUGGGCCCUGCCUCAACAGUGAAGUUGGCUGCCAACCGAACAACAGCAGGAGCUCGCCGGUGCCGCCGGACGCGAUGCCUCAAGUGCGAGGCCUGCCUGCGGACGGAAUGUGGAGAGUGCCACUUCUGCAAGGACAUGAAGAAGUGGGGGCCCGGACACAUGAAGCAGAGCUGCAUCAUGCGGCAGUGCAUCGCGCCAGUGCUGCCCCACACCGCCGUGUGCCUUGUGUGUGGCGAGGCAGGUAAGGAGGACACAGUGGAAGAGGAAGAAGGCAAGUUUAACCUCAUGCUCAUGGAGUGCUCCAUCUGCAACGAGAUCAUCCACCCUGGAUGCCUUAAGAUUAAGGAAUCAGAGGGUGUGGUCAACGAUGAGCUUCCCAACUGCUGGGAGUGUCCAAAGUGUAACCAUGCUGGCAAGACCAGGAAACAAAAGCGUGGCCCUGGCUUUAAGUAUGCCUCCAACCUGCCCGGCUCCCUGCUCAAGGAGCAGAAGAUGAACCGGGACAACAAGGAAGGGCAGGAGCCUGCCAAGCGGAGGAGUGAGUGUGAAGAGCCUCCCCUACGCAGGUCAGAUGAGCACCCCAAGAAGGUGCCCGCAGAUAGCAUUCUACGCCGAAAGUCUGAUGAUGUGCACCUAAGGAGGAAGCGGAAAUAUGAGAAGCCCCAAGAGCUUCAAACGUCCCCCGGUUCCUCUCACUUCUCGCCGAGGCCCCCUCUAGGCAGCAGUCUCAGCCCUUGGUGGAGAUCCAGUCUCACUUACUUCCAGCAGCAGCUAAAACCUGGCAAAGAAGACAAACUUUUCAGGAAAAAGCGGCGGUCCUGGAAGAACGCCGAGGAUCGGUUGGCACUGGCCAACAAACCCCUUCGGCGCUUCAAGCAGGAACCAGAGGACGAUCUGCCUGAGGCACCUCCUAAGACCCGGGAGAGUGACCAGUCACGCUCCAGCUCACCCACUGCUGGGCCCAGCACUGAAGGGGCUGAAGGCCCAGAAGAGAAGAAAAAGGUGAAGAUGCGCCGGAAACGGCGGCUUCCCAACAAGGAGCUGAGCAAAGAGCUAAGCAAGGAGCUCAACCACGAGAUCCAAAAGACAGAGAGUACCUUGGCCCAUGAGAACCACCAGCCCAUCAAGUCAGAGCCCGAGAGUGAGAACGAGGAGCCAAAGAGGCCCCUAAGCCACUGCGAGCGCCCCCACCGCUUCAGCAAGGGGCUCAACGGCACCCCUCGGGAGCUGCGGCACCCACUGGGACCUGGCCUGCGCAGUCCACCUCGUGCUAUCUCCCGGCCCCCAUCCUCUGCGUCCCCACCUAAGUGCAUCCAGAUGGAGCGUCAUGUGAUCCGGCCGCCACCCAUCAGCCCCCCACCUGACUCGCUGCCCCUUGACGAUGGAGCAGCCCAUGUCAUGCACAGGGAGGUGUGGAUGGCAGUCUUCAGCUACCUCAGCCACCAAGACCUGUGUGUCUGCAUGCGGGUCUGCAGGACCUGGAACCGCUGGUGCUGCGAUAAGCGGUUGUGGACCCGCAUUGACCUGAACCACUGCAAGUCCAUCACGCCCCUGAUGCUGAGUGGCAUCAUCCGGCAACAGCCUGUCUCCCUUGACCUCAGCUGGACCAAUAUCUCCAAGAAGCAGCUGAGUUGGCUCAUCAACCGAUUGCCUGGGCUCCGAGACUUGGUGCUGUCAGGCUGCUCAUGGAUUGCCGUCUCAGCCCUCUGUAGCUCCAGCUGCCCACUGCUCCGGACCCUGGAUGUCCAGUGGGUAGAAGGACUAAAGGAUGCCCAGAUGCGGGACCUCCUGUCCCCACCCACAGACAACAGGCCAGGUCAGAUGGACAAUCGGAGCAAGCUCCAGAACAUUGUAGAACUGCGCCUAGCUGGCCUGGACAUCACAGAUGCCUCCCUGCAGCUCAUUAUCCGCCAUAUGCCCCUGCUCUCCAAGCUCCACCUCAGUUAUUGUAACCACGUCACUGAUCAGUCCAUCAACCUGCUCACUGCAGUCGGCACUACCACCCGAGACUCUCUGACAGAGAUCAACCUAUCAGACUGCAAUAAGGUCACUGACCAGUGCCUGUCCUUCUUCAAACGCUGUGGAAAUAUCUGUCAUAUUGACCUGAGGUACUGCAAGCAAGUCACCAAGGAAGGCUGUGAGCAGUUCAUAGCCGAAAUGUCUGUGAGUGUUCAGUUUGGGCAAGUGGAAGAGAAACUCCUGCAGAAACUAAGUUAGUUCCAGGACAAGGGUGUAAAUAUGGAGGGUUGGGGGCCACAGCCGGGGAGGGGCGAAGACUGCAAAAGCAAUUGGGCUUCUGUUUCCCUUUGGAAUUGGAACAAGAGACCACGGGACACAGUUGUGUUUCUCAAAUCUUGCCAAGGGAGAAGCCGUUCAACACCCAUUUGGGGAUGAGUGAGCCAGACGUUUUCCUUUGCUCCUGCAUCAUAACUGCACUGCUUUCUGGACCAUUCUAAGGCGGCCUUUAGAAGACAUUCCAGUUGGAAAAGAAGAUGAGCUUUGGAGAAAUCCUCUGAGAAGCCUGAGUUUAGUGUUUUUGUUGGUAGUUCGUUUGGGGCACCCUGUUCCUUGCAAUGCCAAGGCUUCCAAUGUCAACAGAGUGGCCACACACACCAUUUGCAGCCCUCUUGACACAUUUUGUUUAGUUGGUUUUGUUACAUCUUACAUUAUGCAGAACUAUUUUUGUAUAAAUUGUUUAAAAAUUAUUUAUGCAAGAUUUGAAUGUAUACCAGUGUUUUUAUUAUUUAGAUUGCCAACUUUCCUUCAGGUAGGAAGAACUUAACCUGUACUUCAUCAACAUAAAGAGCCCAUCUACAGCUGUACCCAGGUGUGACAGGGGGCUAUGACCUUCCACUUAAAAGCAUGUUUAACUGGAUGUUGAGAGCCUACUUUGUAUGUCCAGAAGUUACAUGAGCAUGUUGUGGAUAAGUGUAUAGUCCAGGUAAAACACUUUGCCAAGUUUCAAUAGAGAGUCUACCUUUUCCUUAAAGUUUUACAAUUCAGAUUUCAGCCUUUACACUCAGGAGGGUUUUGCUCCAAGCAUGAGCUCUUAUGUCCUACCUACACAGAUCUAAUUUAUACCAUGGAUCAAGUAGAAUAAAUAUGCCCAUAGCCUUCCUUUCCUUGGAAGUGUUCAGUUCUCACUCAUGUUGGUAGCCAGGCUAUUUUCUAGUUGUCAAGUUCUGCAUCCAUAAGUGCCAUUGUUGUGUGGUGGUGUUUCCUAGACUUCCCCUGAUUUGUAUAAAAAAUUGUACAAAAAAAA